GGGACUUAUACUCGGCACGGCGCAGCGUCUUCUUGUGCUUCUCGUUGGCUUGACAUCACCAGCCUCGAGGCAAUUGAGCCACUGCGUCGUCGAGGGCUUUUUGUGGCUUGCGAGCCCGGAUUUAUCCGCCUUCCACUCCCCCUCUUCUCCCCUCCUCCGUCACAAAGAGCACGCCCUCUUCGAAUCUGUGCAGCUUGUUUUCAUCACCAUUGUGGGACUCAAUCUUCGAUGCCGACUCUAGGAGGUCUCCUGAAGAGAAGGCGGACCAGGGAUUCGCAGACCCUCUCCAAAGAGCUGUCAUCGACUUCGUCACCCGUCGCUGAAACACAAACGUCACCCGCAAUUUCCGCCACCAAGGAGGCCAAGGACAAGAACAAGAACAGCUCUGGCACCAGCAACACCUCGUCCACUCCAAAUUCCCAGAGCCAUACCUCGUCCUCGUCUGCGGCUCACCAAAGUCGGUCUUCGGAUGCCAACAACAAGGGCCACCACGAACAGUCAGCUAUUCCAAUGGCGUCCGCUGUACAGCAGCCGCAACCUCAUCCGCCGCAGAACCAGGACCAUAAUGCGUCCGCCAUACACAGCUUCUUGAGUUCGCAUCGGGGGGACCACCAUGGGUCCCAACCCCAUCAGGAAUUCCGCACCGAGGUUCGAACAACAAAGGGGAAGUACUCCUUGGACGACUUCAGCCUUCAGAGGACACUGGGAACCGGCAGCUUCGGCCGUGUUCAUCUCGUGCAGUCGAGACAUAAUCACCGAUACUAUGCUAUCAAGGUGCUGAAGAAGGCGCAGGUGGUCAAGAUGAAGCAGAUCGAGCACACGAACGACGAGCGGCGGAUGUUGAGCCGAGUUCGACAUCCGUUCCUGGUUACCUUGUGGGGUACUUUUCAAGAUUCGAAGAAUCUGUACAUGGUAAUGGACUUUGUAGAGGGAGGAGAACUGUUCAGCCUGCUUCGCAAGUCUCAGCGAUUCCCAAAUCCAGUUGCAAAGUUCUAUGCUGCCGAGGUAACUCUCGCGCUGGAAUAUCUCCAUGCGAAUCAAAUCAUCUACCGGGAUCUAAAACCCGAGAAUCUGCUCCUCGACCGACACGGCCACCUGAAGAUCACCGAUUUCGGUUUCGCGAAGGAAGUGCCGGAUAUCACUUGGACACUAUGUGGGACGCCUGAUUAUCUAGCCCCUGAAGUUGUAUCGUCUAAGGGUUACAACAAAUCCGUUGAUUGGUAAGGGCCUACAGUGGACAAGCACUGCAGCGAUUAUGUUGACUGACCCGAAAUGGAACUGAAAAGGUGGUCGCUGGGAAUCCUCAUUUUCGAAAUGCUUUGUGGGUUUACGCCCUUCUGGGACAGUGGUUCACCGGUUAAGAUCUACGAAAAUAUCCUCAGGGGAAGGAUAAAGUAUCCGCCGUAUCUUCAUCCAGACGUCGUCGACCUGCUAUCACAGCUCAUCACGGCUGACCUGACGAAACGCCUGGGAAAUCUUCACGGAGGUUCAGAGGAUGUCAAGAAACAUCCGUGGUUUGCAGAGGUGACCUGGGAUCGACUUGCCAGGAAGGAUAUUGAUGCUCCCUACGUACCGCCCGUCCGGGGAGGACAGGGCGAUGCCAGCCAGUAUGACAGGUAUCCUGAAGAUACUGAGGCCUAUGGUUCUAUGGGGGAUGAUCCGCAUGGCCAUCUCUUCCCCGAUUUUUAGCGACCGUUGUAUGAUCUUUUAUGAUGAAAUGAGCGCUGGUGCAGCCAUAAAAAGCAUGGGAGCAGCGAGCAUACAAUAAAUGUAGUGUGAAGCAAGCGCCUAGAACACCGACAAGGGUUUCUUGAAUCCGAAUGAUUGUCAGCGAUGUGGUUCAGAGCUGGCCAUUUCUGAGAUAUGGCCAUUCUUACAUUUGGUUCCGGUUGCUAGCCGACCUCGUACCUGCAUGCAUUCUCUGGACAUCUAUGAAGGGAUCUCCAUCUGUUGAUGUCUAUAGGGCUGGUUGCCUGUCCUUUGAGGGAUUCUUUUUGGGUAGCUGGUUGGUUGGCCGUCUGGGUUCCUUCAGUUUGAGGGUUAACUUAAAUUUCUCUAAUUAGUUUUUGAUCUUUCCUUUCUCUCUUCAUGUUUAUGCGGGUCGUUCGGAUUUGAUUUGGAUGUGUAUGUAUGUAUGUAUGUAUGAAUUAGCAUUUGACUCGAGCUAUUUCUUUUCCUUCCCUACUCUACCGGCUCUAUCAUUCUGAAACUGUUUAUAGAGGCUA